AUAAAUCCGUAAAUAGAUUUAGAUAUCACGCCACAAACACACUGGAAAAAAUAAAAACAAUGGGGCGCAAACAGGGAUGCGUCAUUAAAAACUCUGCAGCAGCGACCACAAAGCCAAAAACCACUACAAAAAAGGUUAUGCCACACGAUGAAUUUAUGCAACGUAUACGCAAAUCCUUAUAUUUUGGCCAAGAUUUCACUGAAUGUGAAACUAUGAGUGUUUCCAAACCAUUGGCUGAACUAACGUCCGAACUAUUUUCGGAUACUCAUCGUGGUCAUACAUUGAAUCGUUUGUCCUGUGUUGAGGCGUCCAGUGUUAUACCAGCCACACCGGCUGCUUUAAUUAUGGCUCUUAUCUAUUUGGAUCGUUUGAAUGCCACAGACCCUGCUUAUGUCCGACGCAUAACACCGCAAGAAUUGUUUAUUGUUUCGAUGAUGAUUUCAACAAAGUUUUAUGCUGGACAUGAUGAGGAAAUCUAUCUAUCUGAUUGGGCUGAAGAUGGUAAUAUGUCAGAGGAACGUUUGAAGGAAUUAGAAUUGGAAUUCUUAUGCGCAAUAGAAUGGAACAUAUACAUAUCGAACGAACAGUUUUUCGAAAAACUUACCUGCAUAGAAAAACAACUGGCUAGACGUGAAGGUCUACGACGUGGUUGGCUUACCUAUACAGAAUUGAUGCAAAUGUUACCUUCCUUUACGCUGGCCAAAUUUCUGCUCAACAAUAUAACCGUUAUGGCUGUCAGUUAUGCCGCUAGUGUUAUGACUAUUGCUGGAGCAUUCUUUUUGGCUGCACAAAUCCCAGGAACUUCAUUGUAUCGUUCGUCGAAGACUACAACUCGUUUAUCCAAUGAUAUUAUUGUUGAUCGCGAUCUAUUGAAUGCAACCGAUCUAAUACACACAAACGGCUCUACAUCUGUAUCAUCAAAUGCGACAUCACCAACAGCGACAUCGAUGACUAAUAGCAUGCGACAGCACAAUCAUACCAUACACUUAGGCUUAAAUGUUGAAGCUGAAUUGCUCAAACUUGAAAGACAAUACCGUGAAGAGGACCUGCGUGAUAAAAUGAGGCAAAAACAUAAUGAAAUUGCUACCGAAUCCCGUUUGACACUACCGCAACAGCAGUAUAUGGCCAAAUUAAAUGUCCAUCAGAAAUGUGCCAAAUAUGAUAUUAAUCGUCAACAGUUGGGCUAUUGGUUUGCUUACAAGGAGGAGUUUAGUGAACAUGAAAUGGCCAACAAAUUCGAUAAUCAUUUCCAAUCGAUGGUUCAAAACUAUGGCAAUUCUGAUAAUAAUUACUAUAAUGGAUUGAUGAUGAAUGAUGGUGCUGCGGCAGCUGUGAAUCAUAAAUUUGAUAAUGCUUCAAUAACCUCAUUGCUGUGGAAUUUUUUAAGUGAUACUGUACAACAGCAUACUACAUUUAUGCGUUUGCCAUUUGUAUGGCUAAAAUUUAUGUAGACAAAUGGCA